CGUCCAGAUGAAGGUUAGCCUCAGUUUUUUAGGUUCCCAUCCCACUUCUGUUUCUAGUCUUAGACGAUGGGCCUGCGCCUAUCUAGAACGCUGCUAACUAUUUCUUGAGGUCGUUAUGAAGUGUCCUCAAGUGAAUCGUGAACGAGAUCGGCAAAGCUCGUUUGAUUAGUGGGGGCUGCGUGUGGAAAUUGUUGUGUGGGAAUACUAAGUCCAACUCCUCCUAAGUCAAGUUUACAAGCUCAAGCUACUUGGCUAGUUUCCACAUGCCGCCUUCUCCUCCUCCUUUUUAGCUUUUGUCUCGGGCGCCAAAGUCUUGGUCUUCGGACGACUUAGUCAAGAGGUUCUCAUUUUAGUGCAUUGGAUCAAUACAUUCUCCAAAGUAGCAUUAUUCUUAUACCUCUGCAUCCUCUUCCUUUACAUUUACCCUCCUCCUUGUUUUGCUCCAAACACCAUCUCCCUUCGGAUGGAUCUUACCAUGUCGUGUUCCUCUCUCUCCUUAUUCUUCCUCCUCUCCCUCCAUAUUAACUUCCCCAUGCCAACUUCCGGCUACUUCCAGCCGUUCCUGGAUUGCGCUCCUUCUAAUUGCGGAGAUGAAGAAAUCAGCUAUCCUUUUAGGCAUGUUACGCAACCAAGUUACUGUGGGUAUCCAGGCUACGAGCUCGGCUGUUACAGAGAUAACUUUACCCUGUCCAUGGGGUCCCUGGAAUAUCAGGUGAUCCACAUAUAUUGGAGUGAGCAGAUACUUGAGGUGGCAAGGUCGGAUUUAUCGAAAGAUAUAUGUCUUCAAAGAUAUGUUGACACCACUUUAAACUUCAGUCUCUUCAACUACGCUGUCACUGACCUCAAUUAUACCUUAUUCUACAAUUGCAACUCAUCGUCAACCCUUCGACCUUAUCGAUUCUCUUGUCCCGCAUCUGGAGAUGGCUACUUCGCUCCCAAUGUGGACCAUGCAAAUCCACUACACGAGCUAUGCAACUUCAGUGUCCUUGUCCCAAUUUCAUCUAUUGAAGUUCUAGGUCUACCACCACCAUCGAAGGGCAACAAUGAUAGUGCUACUAUUAGUAAGGUCCUGAAUGAAGGCUUUGAGAUCACCUGGAUUGCCACCACAUCGCAGUGCGAAAAUUGCACCAUAUCAGGGGGAAGAUGCGGGUAUGGCUGGACAAGGCAAGAAUUCAAUUGUUUUUGCCAUGAUGGAGCCUAUUCAAUAGCCUGCCCCAGAUCGCUAGUACCGGCAAGCGUCCCUUCGAUACCGCUAGUACCGGGAAUCGUCCCUUCAAGUAUGUAUGCUUACUCUCAUCCAAUAUGUGGUUUUCAAUUUGCUAAAGUUUUUCAAAGAGAAGGAUUGCUGGGCAUACCCUUUCCUUUGCUUGUUAAUUCGAAAACAACUCGCUCAUGCCCCUAAAGCCUCAAGAGACUCAUUUUGCUGUGCAUACCCUUCCCUCAAACGAAGUGCAGAAUCCUU